AGUAGCAGUCUAGUAAUAAUCCACCGCGGCCUUAUAUCAGAAGCCAACCUUGCAGCUCUUCGAAGACAGUCUAAACCUCUGUCGCAAAUCGUUUAAACACGGGCAAUCGUAUCCUAUUUAUCUAGAGCAGUGCUACAAAACCCCGCCAACGCCAGCAUGUCUGAGCUCAGCUUCGCCAAGCAGUUCCUUGCUGCACUGGACACACGGCCAAUCAAGCUACCAUCCGACUAUGCCGAGGAUCCAAGGAAACUGCCUGCCCAGCGUCCUUACAUUCUCCCGAAAUCCUCCGUCCCCAUGACCAAACGUCCUCGUCUGUCCACUGCGACAUCCUCUACCCUCACGUCCGGUGCGAAGCUCUCUGAGCAACUGAUCACCGUCCAGCUCAAAUCUCUCCGUAACCCGCCUUAUGAGAGCACACUCCCUUCUCAGACCCCCAGCACGAGCAUUCACGCUCUGAAAUCUCAUAUAUCAAAAGAGCUCGGUGCACCUUUGGACAAGAUCAAAUUACUUUACCAGAAGAAACCUGCAUCGGAUACAAAGACUUUGAAAGACCUUCUCAGCGGUUCUGGGUCCGGCACAUCGACUCCGUCGGCGGACAACGCAGCAAUGGACGUUGAUCGGCUUGAGCUGAGUGUUAUGAUCAUUGGUGGCGCAGCAAGCAUCAACCAGCAGCCUGAUUCAACACCUGCAGGUGUGGCAACUAGUCCAGGCGUAGCGGCGCCGCAACCUACCCUUCCAGAGUCAGUCAAGCGGGAGACCCCGGCUCAUGUUCAGGCGGCGGCGGAGAGUCUAGCAAAGGCUGCUGAAGCGGAUGAGGCGGAGACUGGAGAACUGGCAGCUGCUGGUAUCAGUGGCGAGGCAAUGACUAUUGGUACUACAGGAGAGGCAACCCGUGAUGAGACGAUAGGGGCAACAGGACAGGGCCCAGUGGCCCAAGGGUUGAGCGGACCAGAUGUGCUUCGAACACCUGCGUUCUGGGAUGAUUUGAAGGGAUACUUGACUCAGCGGAUACGGGAUGAAGCAAGCAGCGAGCGAGUAUUCGGGCUAUUCAAGUCUGCGGUGGAAAAGGAAGGGUUGAAUUAA